AUGCAUUCUCCCCAGAAAAGGCUUUUCUCGGAUUAUGCAUUCCCAAACAGGGGUCUUGCCUGGAAUGCUAUUUGUGCGGGGAAAGAUUUCUACAAUAUUCACCUCAGAACUUAUUCAGCAAGGUUUAACACAAUGGCCCAUCUUGCCAAAAUUGCUUGGAAGAGGCUCUUACAAGUGUCGUUACAUGAUGGUAGUACAGCUCGUCUAGGUAUAAGCAGGAUUGCUCGGGCUGUUAGUUUGGGUUUUUCCCAUUCUUCCAUGACUGUUCCCGGUAUAUUUUCUCUCAUGUUUGGAACACGUUUGGCCUAUGCCCAAUCUGCUUCUUCAAGCUCACCUGUUGUAAUGCAGCCAAGGAAUGCAUUGUACGUGGGUGCUCAAGACAGCCAUCUUUUUUUCACCCGAUUGGUAUUCUCUAUAUUCCAAGGCAUUUUCUUGCUGAUCAGGGCUUUUCAACUGGCUUUGCUGUUCACCCCGAGCAUCAUCAUGGCCCCGUUUGCUGACAAUUUCGGGCCUCAUUUCAGGAAACUGUGGCUCCAGGUCGUCCACCAGACCCUUGAGCGGGCUGGGCCGGCAUUCAUCAAGUGGGGCCAGUGGGCCGCCACGCGGCCGGACCUGUUCCCCGGAGAUCUGUGCACCGAGCUGUCCAAGCUCCACAUGAAAGCCCCAGAACACAGUUUUUUCUACACGAAGAAGACGAUCGAGAGGGCCUUCGGCCGGAAGAUCACCGAGAUUUUCGACAACUUUGAGGAAAAGCCCGUAGCUUCCGGAAGCAUAGCCCAGGUGCACCGAGCCUCGUUACGGGCCCGGUACCGUGGCCGUGAAAGCAAGCCGAUGCUUGUUGCUGUCAAGGUUAGGCAUCCGGGGGUGGGGGAGUCCAUAAAGAGGGAUUUUGAGAUAAUUAAUUUAGUUGCAAAGAUCUCGAGCUUUGUCCCCGCUCUGAAUUGGCUGAGGCUGGAUGAGAGCGUGAAGCAGUUUGGGGUUUUCAUGAUGUCCCAAGUGGAUCUUGCUCGUGAGGCUGCACACUUAAGCCGUUUCAUAUACAAUUUCCGGAGUUGGAGAGACGUGUCUUUCCCGAAGCCCGUUUAUCCUUUGGUGCAUCCGGCUGUUCUAGUCGAGACUUUUGAGCAUGGUGAGAGUGUUGCUAGGUAUGUGGACGAGCUCGAGGGAAAUGAACGAAUUAAAAGAUCCCUUGCACACAUUGGGACCCACGCGCUACUGAAGAUGCUCUUGGUGGACAACUUUGUUCAUGCAGACAUGCACCCAGGGAAUAUCCUUGUCCGUGUGCCUCAGAGCAAGUCCUCUCGUAAAAAACUCUUCAAAACCAAGCCUCACGUCAUCUUCAUUGAUGUGGGCAUGACUGCCGAGCUCUCGAAAAACGAUCGUAUUAAUCUGCUCGGAUUUUUCAAAGCUGUUGCCCGUAGAGAUGGCCAAACUGCAGCCGAGUGCACGCUCAGGUUAUCAAGGAAACAAAACUGCCCAGAGCCAGAGGCCUUCAUUCAGGAAGUAAAAAACUCGUUUGAUUUUUGGGGCACGCCGGAAGGGGAUUUGGUGCAUCCUGCCGAUUGCAUGCAUCAACUGCUUGAGAAAGUUCGGAGGCAUAAAGUGAACAUAGAUGGCAAUGUUUGCACCGUGAUGGUUACUGUUUUAGUCCUUGAGGGCUGGCAGCGGAAGCUCGAUCCAGAUUAUGACGUGAUGCAUACGCUACAAACACUGCUACUGAAAGCCGACUGGGCAAAAUCACUUUCUUAUACAAUCGAAGGACUUAUGGCUCCUUGA